AUGGGAAAAUUGGCCAACAAGUUGAACAAAGCAUAUGCUGGAGAAGUGAAGCAAACUCUAAAAGCAAUAAGUCAGAGCAAAGAGUUAGAGUCCCUCAAGUUAAAAUUAGAAGAGACAAAGAAAUAUGCUGUCGAAAACUUCACAAAAUCUGAAGAAUAUAACCAUGACAUGGUUGAAUGUUUCAACAAUGGCUUCGAAAUGUUCCGAGAUUAUGCUUCGGUCAUCUCACCAGACUACAAUUGGAGUGAAAUUGAUGUUGCUGGUGGGUGGAGAGGGAAUGGCUCAUCAUAG